AUGAUCAUUGAUUAUGCACACUUUGGAGAUAUAGUCAGCUUCGACACUACAUUUCGCACCAACAGACAGUGUAGGCCGCUUGGGGUGUUUGCUGGAUUUAAUCACCAUAGAGGAUGCACUAUAUUCGGGGCCACACUUUUAUAUGAUGAGACAGUGGAAUCUUUCAAGUGGUUGUUUGAGGUAUUUGUUGAGGCACAUGGUGGAAAGAAGCCUAUAACUAUCUUCACGGACCAAGAUGCUGCUAUGACUAUAGCAUUAACAGACAUGUGGCCUCAGACGUGGCAUGGGUUGUGUACAUGGCACUUAAUGCAGAAUGGCAUUAAGCAUUUGGGUAAUAUGAUGAAAGAUGGCUCCGGGUUUCUUAAAGAUAUAAAGAAAUGCAUAUACCAAUAUGAUGAGGAAGAACAAUUCGACAGAGCAUGGUCUAGAUUGCUUAGUGAAAAUGGUGUUAUGGAUAAUGCAUGGUUGAGGCGCAUGUAUACACUUAGAAAUAAAUGGCACUUUGAGAGAGUUCUUAAUCAGAAGCGUGGCAAUGAGUUAAAAGCUAAAUUUGAAUCAAGAAACAAGUUGCCACAACUAGCAAAUUCAAUGUCAAUUGUCCAGAAACAAGCUGAGGAACUUUACACUCCUACAAUUUAUGCGAAAUUCGAAACAGAUGGUCUUCUUUGUUGCCAUUGUUUGAAAGUUUUAGAUGUGCUCGACAUAAAGCGUAUUCCUGAUUCCUACAUUUUGAAGAGAUGGACACGGGGAGCAAGAACUAUGGUAGUUAAUGACAAUAGGGGGAAAGAAAUUGAAGAGGAUGUCAACCUGGACCGUACACAGCGAAGCUACUACACAUUUGAGGGUUACGAAUUGAUGAAAGAUGCUGCUAAUGAAUUAAGAUUGAAGGAGUCUAUUUCCCAUAUGUCAUCUCAAGCAUCUGCAGUUCAUCAAUCACAAGCAUCUGCAGUUCAUCAAUCACUAGAUGAAGAUUGUAUUUAG